UCGUCAUUCCGAGUCCUUUAAAGCUUCGGACGGGGGAGGGGAGCCUUUGGGAGCAGUCCUGGUUCGGAAUGUCCCAUUGGCCCUUGCGAUGGCCACGGGGCGGGGCGCGCGACGGCGUGCUGACGUUGUGCGCGUGCGCCCCCUCGCCACGUCCCUUCCUCCUCUGCUGCCGUGUCUCGCGCGUUGGAUUCAUAGCCGGAGGAAGAAGCCGCCGUCAGUGAGCAGGGGCCCGCGGUCCCGGGCCCCCCGCGCCCAGCCCCAGGUCCGGAUGGCCGCCAACGUGGGGGACCAGCGCGGUGCCGAGUGGGCAGCCCAGUACAGCCUGGGCAGCGGGCCGGCCCGGGAGAGCAGCAUGGACGCGCCGAUGCACGAGAAUCCCGAGUGGGAGAAGGCUCGCCAGGCCCUGGCCAGCAUCAGCAAAGCCAGCGCCACGGGCAGCUCGGCCAAGGCCAGCAGCAACGGGCAGGUGGCCACUGCCCAGUACGUGGCCCAGGCCGACGCAGCGGCACUCCAGCAGCAGCAGUACUACCAGUGGUACCAGCAGUACAACUACACCUAUCCCUACAACUACUAUUACCCCAUGAACAUGUACCAAAGCUACGGCUCCCCAGGCCAGUACAGCCUGACCACCACCUAUGCCACAGCAGCCCCACAGCAGGCGGCCACCCCCGGGCAGCACCAGGGAGGCCUCACCCAGCCUCCAGUUCCUGGCAUGGAAGAAACGAUGUCUUAUCCAACCCCUCCUCAGCAGUUACCAGCAGCCCAGCCCCCUCAGCCACCCCCACCCCCUCAACAUGCAGGGCACGCGCUGGGGAGUGGGGCUCAGCCUGGGGCCUCCCCGGCCCAGCAUGGCCAAGCCAGCCCGGUCACCAAUCAGGCCUACGGGCAGCACGGUUACUCCGAGCCUCCCAAGCCCAAGAAAGGACAGCAGCUGUGGAACCGCAUGAAACAAGCCCCAGGAGCAGCCAGCGUCAAGUUCAACAUCCAGAAACGGCCCUUCGUGGUCACCAGCCAGAACUUUAACUCUGGUGCUGAGGGACAACACGGCAGCUUCGGGGCCCAGGCCAAUGCAGAGAAGUCCCAGAGCCACAGCGGCAUGCCCCCAAACCGGAACUUAUCGGGGAAGCCCGAGGACUGGCCCCAAGACAUGAAGGAGUACGUCCAGCGCUGCUUCACCGCCUGUGAGUCUGAAGAGGACAAGGACCGGACGGAAAAGCUUCUCAAGGAGGUCCUGCAGGCCCGGCUCCAGGACGGCUCGGCCUACACCAUCGACUGGAGCCGAGAGCCGCUGCCGGGGCUGAGCCGGGACGCUGUGACAGAGAGCCCCAAGAAGAAGCGGUGGGAAGCCUCAUCCAUCCUUCACCCCGUCCGAGGAGCGGGGGGGACACCUCGGGGCGGGGGGACGCAGCCCCAGCGGGGGGCAGGUGGCACCGGGAGUGCCGGCCGGGGGCGCGGCAGCACCUUUGCCACCAAAUUUGGGAAUCGGAACGUGUUCAUGAAGGAUAACAGUUCCUCUUCAAGCACAGACUCACGCUCUCGGUCUUCCUCCCGCUCCCCUUCCCGUCAUUUCCGCCGCAGUGACUCACAUUCAGACUCUGAUAGUUCCUACUCGGGCAGCGAGUGUCACCCAGGGGGGCGAAGAAACCCACCACCGAAAGGCCGGGGCGGCCGAGGCGCUCACAUGGACCGGGGGCGAGGGAGAAUGCAGCGGGGGAAGAGGCACGACCUCAUCCCUGCCAAGCGCAGCCGCAAGAAGCCAGCGGCCGCCAUGGAGUGUGAGGACCCCGAGCGGGAGUUGAAGAAACAGAAACGGGCAGCACGGUUCCAGCACGGGCAUUCCCGGCGCCUGCGCCUGGAGCCUUUGGUGCUGCAGAUGGGCAGCCUGGAUAGCGGCAGCGCUGACCCUGACUGGAACGAACUCAAGAUUGUGGGCACCUGCCCGGACAUCACCAAACACUACCUGCGGUUAACCUGUGCGCCAGACCCCUCCACCGUGAGGCCUGUGGCUGUCCUGAAGAAGUCGCUGUCCAUGGUGAAGUCUCACUGGAAGGAGAAGCAGGAUUACGCCUUCGCCUGUGAGCAGAUGAAGUCCAUCCGCCAGGACCUGACUGUCCAAGGUGUCCGAACUGAGUUCACAGUGGAGGUGUAUGAGACCCACGCGCGUAUCGCCCUAGAGAAGGGCGACCACGAGGAGUUUAACCAGUGCCAGACGCAGCUCAAGUCUCUGUAUGCGGAAAACCUGCCGGGCAACGUUGGGGAGUUCACCGCCUACCGCAUUCUCUACUACAUCUUCACCAAGAACUCGGGGGACAUCACCACAGAGCUGGCUUACCUGACUCGAGAGCUGAAGGCAGACCCCUGUGUCGCACAUGCCCUGGCACUGCGGGCGGCCUGGGCUCUGGGCAACUACCACCGUUUCUUCCAGCUCUACCGAAAUGCGCCCUGCAUGUCAGGCUACCUUGUGGACAAGUUUGCUGAUAGGGAACGGAAGGCUGCUCUCAAGGCCAUGAUCAAAACGUAUGUGAGGGCCGCCCAGUCCCCCCACGUGCUCAUUCCUGUGCCUGCCCCUCCCCUCGGCCUGCUCUCCAUGUGUCUGCUCCUCAGGGGCGGGCCCCGCUGCUCUCCCUGUCACUCUGCGCUUUCUCUUGUCUCCUGGCCCCUUCUCCGUCCUCCCCCGGCUCCUGGGCAUCUCCCAUUUUUGUCCUUUUGUCUCCCCUCUUCCUCCCAGCCCCCCGACUCUUUCUUCUCAUUCCUCCCGAAGCCUCCGUUUGUUUCUGCCCCGCACCGUUUCCGAGUCACUUUAAAAGUGCCCUUGAGCAGUCCCUAGGCUGAGUCAUGUGAGGAGAUCCCCCAGCCCAAGGCACCCCGGGAGCCUCAGAACAACUCCCGGGAGAUCCUCGGGAGCCAUCUAGUUCGGCCCAGACCCGAGAGGGGACCCUUUUCCGAUAUCCCCUCAAGCCGGCAAUGCUGCUUCGUUCACUGCCGUAGCCUGCCCUUCAGCCUCGGGCAGCCCGUCGCUCCCAGGCCCCCCUCCUGAGCCCUCGUUCCUGGACAAGCCCAGGAGGCCUCACAGCCUGCUCUGCUGCACUCCCAGCCCCCUUCCCUCUAGUGUGGCUUCCAGGAGUGCUCCCAUGUGCUUCUUGUGGCUGGGUGUCGUGCCCCAGGCUGCUUAUGGGGUACAGUACCCCCAGGGAGGUGACCAGCACUCCAGAUCGCCUUGCGUACUGGACCUUGCCCUUGGGGUCUCCACGGUCUCUUUUCAAAGCCGUUGGUGCGAUUAUUGAGCAACACUCAGUCCCUGGGACUUUCCUAGAGGUGGGCAGCCUGGGGCACACCUCAGAGGGCUUGGGUUCAAAUUCCACCUCAGACAGUUGCCUGUGGCUGUGACCUUGGGCCACUUAUUAAAGCUCCCUGGGCCUCAGUUUCCUCAACUGUCAAAAACAGCCCAAACACAAUGAUUGAACUAGCUGGUCUUGAAGCUCCUUGAGGUGAAGCUCUGGGUGCUUUGAGGCCGCCACCCGCUCACGCCUCAGCUUUGGCUCCAGACACUUGGCAGCCAGGGGGUCUCCUCAUUGGCCCAACUCGGCUAACUUGCACCUUUUUUCCCCGUCAGUUGUUAAAUACUCAGUUAAAGUCUAGGUAAGCUAGAGGCAGUUUCCCUGAUGGACUAGCUUAGGAGCAAAGGGAAAGUCGGUGAGACCAGAUCUUUUUGGGGGAAAGCUGCUUGGGCUGCUGGCUCUUGCGCCUUCUUCAGCCUGCCAGUGCUCCCGGCGUUCACCGUGACCCUGGGCUCAUCCAGCUCUUGACUCGGCAGCCCCCAAAAGGGUAGUGUUCCUGUGGGUCACGGGACUUGGUCUUGAGGACACUCGGGCAUCCCUCUCCUGGCUGGGAACGGCCUCUUAAGCAGGUGGCUCUCUGCCCUUGGCAGAGCCCAGAAGCUCAGCCCCUUCCAUGCUUCUGUCUGUCUCUGUGUGUGUGUCUCUGUCUCUCAUAUUCUCCCUCUCUCUUUUCAUAUUAAUGAGCCCGAUCUCCUUCCAUCCAUUCUUGAUCCUCCUCUCCACGACAGCUGCCGAGUGGUCUCCCCAUUGCUUGUCUUGUCUGUCUCUCAUCAUUGUCUCCCUCGGCACAUGCUGAGCUCAUGUCUUAGCCUGUGAUUUCCUAUUGGUCUGAAGGCACUUGCUCUUGUGUCUUCUGCGGCCUUUGAUUUUUUGCAUUUAGUUUGUUAGAACCAGGGCUUACUCAACUAUAGCCCUUGGGCCUCGGCGGAGUUUCUACUUCUUAGUCCUAGUUUUAUUUAAAAAUUCUAGGAAGGAAACUUACUAAGUACCUACUAUGUGCCGGACGCUAUGCUAAAGACUUCAGUUUUAUCACAUUUGACUCUCUUAAUCUUGAGGCUACUGUUUUCCUCAUUCUACGCAUGGAGAAACUGAGGCAGAGAUGGCUUGCUCAGGGUUGUGCAGCUAGCAUUUGAAGAUGGAUUGGAACUCGGUUCUUUUUGGGAUCCUAGCCUGCUGCUCUGUACACUUUGACUAAAUACCUAGGGGAAACAGCAGAGACUUAGGAGUUCAGGCCCCUAUGUCUGCAGCACAGUAAAGAGACCUUCACUUGCUUGAGGCCUUAAUACACAUGGACGUAGGAGGAUCUUUCCUGUGGAAGUCCCUGGUCAUCUGCACAGAUUUCUUUUUUUAAUUCAGUAGUAUUUUAUUUUUCCAAUUACAAGACAAGAUAGUUUUCGACUUUCAUUUUUAUAAGCUUUUGAGUUGCACGUUUUUUCUCCUUCCUUUUCUUCUCCCUCCCCAAGACAGCGAGCAAGCUGAUAGAAGUUAUACAGUUACACUCAUUUUAAACAUUUCUAUAUUGUCGCAUUGGGGGGAAAAAUCAGAACUAAAGAGAAAAACCAUGAGAAAGGAAAAAAAAAAAAUGCAAAUAUUAGACUUUUCUCUACAUUCAGUCUCCAUACUUCUCUCUCUGGUUGUGGAAAGCAUUUCUCCCCACCCCUUCAAGUCUCUUGCAUUCGCCUUGGAGCAUUACUGAGAAGAGCCAAAUCUGUCUCAGUGGGCCAUCGAAUGAUCUUGUCACUGUUUACAAUGUUUUUCUGGUUCUUCAUGUUUCUUUGCUCAUCAGUUCAUGUGAAUCUUUCCAGGCCUUUCUGAAACCUGCCUGCUCAUCAUUUCUUACAGAACAAUAGUAUUUCAUUACAUUUAUAUACCACAACUUGUUCAGCCAUUCCCCGACUGAGGGGGCAUCCCUUCUUCUUCCAAUUCUUUACCCCCACAAAAAGGGCUGUUAGAAACUUUUUUCUUUUUCCAUCUUCUGUAAUCUCUGGGAACUGGUAGUGAGACUGUUGGAUCAAAGGGUAUGUAUAGUUUUACAGCUUUUGGGGGCAAAAUGUUCUCCAGAAGGGUUGGAUCAGUUCACAACUCCACCGGUGCGUUAGUGUUCCAGUUUUCCCACCUCUCUGUCAACACUUAUCAAAAUUUCUUGUCAUCUUAGCUAAUCCGAGAGGUACGAGAGAUACCUCAAGAGUUGUAUUUCUCUAAUAAUGAUUUUAGAGCAUUUUUUCACAUGACCACAAGGCUUUAAUGUCAUGAAAUUUUUCAUUUCUUUUGACCAUUUAUCACAUAGGAAAAACACUUAUAUUCCAAAUUUGACUCAUUUCUCUCUAUAUUUUAGAAAUAAGGACAUCAUCAGAAACACCGUAAAAAGUGUUGCCCAGUUUUUUGCUUCUCCUUUAGUCUUGGCUGCAUCGGUUUUGUGUGUGCAAAAACUUUUAGGUGUACUAUAAUCAAAGUUGUCUGUUUUGCGUGUCAUAAUGCUUUCUAUUGUUUGGUCGUAAAUUCCUCCUUUCUCCAAAGAUGUAGACGAUCUCUUGCUCUAAUUUGCCUUUAGUGUCACCUUUUAGCUCUAAAUCAUGAACAUGUUUAGACUUUUAUCUUGUUAUAGGCUGAUCUGUCUCGAGUCUCCAAGUGUCCCUUCAGACCAUCUCGGCCAGUCCCCCCCGCAGCAUUUUAGACUUUGUAUGAGCUUUGUUGGAGGUGUUGGGAAGCUCCCCACACCUGAGUGGCCCAUGGGGCUCAGGAGCAGGUCCUGGCCCCCAAGCCUGCACUGAGGAAGUGUCUUCCUCUGUAGUGUGUGGCUCUGAAUCCUGAUUUUUCUUCCAGCAGUCUCUUCUCGUAGCUGAUACUGCCCCAUUAGCCGGUCUGUCUGCUGGGGACGAGGGCAGCUUCUCUGGUCAAGGUCCUCGUGCUAGUGAGGGUUGGGGAUGUUGGGUGUCUUCUGUGUGCGCUUCCCCACUUAGGUGGGCAUUUGGCUAGUAAUCAGAACUGCUCCUUUCUCUUAACUUGUGACUAUCCUUGGGGAGUCUCAGGCUCUGGGACGGUUUGUGCUCCCUCCCAGCUUCUCAGUCUGGAGAGAGAGCCCUUCUGUUGGUGGGCCCAGUGCCUCCUGCAAGCCCCUGGCCAGGCUCCUCCUGUUCUCAGGCUGUAGAUGUACUUGGAAAGUUCUUUCCAACUCCAGCUUGCGCCCAAGGAGCACUGGGUCAGAAUCGGGCCGGAAGGUGAAAUCAUGCCUCUUGGCCAAGGUCACUUCCUUCAGAAGACCUUCAGCAAGGCCCGAGUGUGAAUUGUAGGGCUCCCAGGAAAGUCUGGCCUGACAUCCUUAUUAUUGAUGAGAUGGGAGGGGCCCCUAAUGGGGCUGAAUGUAGAUUUGAGCCCAGGUUUUCUGACUGUUAAGCCCUAGACUGUGGGGCCUGGCAGCCCAGAGAGCCCCAAGACUGGAGCAGGCAGGCGGGCAGAGGCCUUUCCCAGAUGGAGCCGCACUUGGGGUCUCCAGUGGGGGGCCCCUCGAUCUGUCGCUUCCCCCGUGAGUGUGUGCAUUGUGUCCUCUGGAUGGGUGACUGCUUGUGGCCGGUGUGCGCGCGUGUGUCCGUAUCCCGCACGUUCCUGAGCCUGGGGCUUCCUUCUGCUCUCUCCUGCUGCUGCUCUGUCGGGAGCCUCUCCCCCUCCCUCUGUGUCCUGCCUCCCAGCUCCACAGCCAGAGCUGUGCUCCCCUUUCUGAGGGCCGGGAGCCUCAGACUCCUGGUUCCUCAUCUCUGUUCUUGUCUUUCCCCCUCACUUUUCCCUACCUCCCUGCACAGGUAAGUGGGGCGGGGCGGGGUGGGGGAGGGGGUCAUGGGAGCCGGUGGCCCAUGGAGCUUUUCUCCUCUCCCCGGCUCGAAGUGCUCUGGGGGGGAGGGCGUCCCAGGGAGCCUCCUCUGGGCCUACGAUCCUGGCCCUGGACGCAUUGGGUCCCUCAGCUGGGACCGGGAGGGAGGGGUUGGGGAUAGUACCGAUUUCCAUGGGGUCCCUGGGCCCCGUGUCUUCCCCCCACCCUUCAUCCAUGUCUCCUCUUGUCUCCAUAGCUUCCGCCCGGCGCUGCCCGUCUCCUUCGUGCAGGGGGAGCUGGCCUUCGAGGGCGAGGCCGCCUGCCGAGCCUUUCUGGCCCCCUUGGGC